AUGCUUGGCAGCUCCGUCCAGCACAAUAGCACCGCUCGCGGCCUCGCGUCGCGCGAGUCGGAGUUCGAAGCGCUCCUGACCGACCCAGGCGCUGCGACCAGCAUAUCUCGGGUGUCGGCCUCGGAGUUUGCAGCAGACGAUGCCACAGCCUUGGCCGCGUGUGCAGAGCCGUUCUUGGUCGCUGGCACGCUCACUGGCUGGCGUGGCAGCGAGCGGUGGCACAGCGUCGAGACGCUCCUCGACGCGUAUGGCGACCUCACCUUCUCGCUCGCGCACGACGUGACGGUCACGCUGCGAGAGUACGCCGUGUACGCAAGGAGCACCGGAGCGGACUGCCCGUACUACCUGGUCGAGCGGCGCUUCGAGGACGGCCGCGCCGCGCUCCUCGACGACUUUGCGCCGCCGCCGCCGUUUUCCGAUGACCUCUUUCGGUACGUACCUGGCUCCCGGAGCGCUCGCUACUGGUUCUGCGGCGGUCCUCGCUCGGGCACCUUCCUGCACGCCGACCCGCUGUGCACCGCGGCGUGGAACGCCGUCACGUGCGGCGCAAAGCGCUGGUGCUUUCUCCCGCCGGAGACCGACCUGGCCUCGCUCGGCCUCGACGUGUUCCGCGACGGAGCGAGGCAGAUCGCGUCGGCGUGGUUCGUCGACGAGCUUCCGCGGCUGCAGUGCCUCGCCGCGGAGGGCGGCGUGCGGAUGGUCGAGGCGGGCUGGUAUCACGCGGUCCUCAACCUCGGGCCGCUGACGGUGGCAGUCUCUCAGAACUUCGUCGCCCCCGCCGCGCUGCCCCGCAUCUGGCCGACUCUGCUAGCGAGAGAGGCGACCUUCGCCGCCGUCCUCACCGACAUGCUCGAGCAUUGCCGCCCCGACGUCGCCGCGGCCCUGCCCGCGCGCGAGUCGGCGGGCUGCGGCAAGGCGAGCCGUGGCCCAAGCCAUGGCGCGUCAGCCGUGCACAGCCAGCCAGGCGGCUGCCAGCGGCCCAACUGGCACGCUGGCGUCGAGAGCAAGGAGGAGGGCAUCUCGCUCGGCGUGUGGUGGAGGCCAGUCGAGGGCGGCGGCGGGGCCGAGGGCAGCGCGGCGGCUGCCGAAGGCGGCGGGGCCGAGGGCGGCGGCGGCGAGUCGGCGAGGAGCGUCCUCUUUGUCAGCGCCGCUUGGCUCGACGGGCUGCUCUCGCGCAAGCCGACAGCGGCGCAGUCGGUAGAGCUUGGGACGAGCGCGCCCCUCUAUGCCGUGCACGCGCACCUCGCCUCCCUCGCCCGCCUCGCCGCAGCACGAGGCGCGGCCCUCUGCUUGUCGCUGCCGCCGCCGCCGGCGGCGGCUGAGGGGAGAGCCGGCGGCGGCGGGGUUGGCGGGGUGGCGGAGGAGGCGGCGACGGCGGGCGCGGGCGAGGCGCGCGUGCUCGGGGACGACGGCCGCGCCGCGAAGCUGCACGCGGCGAUCGAGUUCGCGAGCACCAGCCGCGUGCGCGCCGCGGUGGAUUUCGCGUCCGCGGCGGGCUGCUCGCUGCGCGCCGCUGUGCCGUGCGCGGCUGGCGACGUGCUGCUGGCGGUGCCGCUCGACAAGCUGCUCGCCGCGACGCUCUGUCUGAUGCGAGAGGCGCCCGACGACCCUCGCUUGAGCUACUACGCUGCCGCUUGCCCGCCGCACCACUUUUGCGAGCACAUGGCGUGGUGGCGCGAGGGCGGCGAGGCUGCGCGCGUCGCCGCCAACUCGGUGUCGUACAGGCGGGUGGCGCGGAUGCGGCGCGAGGUGGUGGAGGAGGGGACCGCCUUCGCCGAGGCGGGCUUCAAGUUCAAGCCACCUCCGCCGUGGGAUUCGCUCAUCCCGCAGGGCGGAGACAUGUUCCUCUGGGUGAAGCUGCUCCUGCAGACGCGCGCCGUCGAGACGGACCAGGGCCACGUGCUGCCGCCGUGCGUCUGCCUCGCCAACCACAGGUCGGUCGGCGAGAGCGCAAAGGUCUGCGUGGCGGACGGCGAGGUGCGGCUCGUCGCGACGGUGGCGCUGGGCGUCGACGACGAGGUGAGCAUCAACUAUGACCCGGAGGCGGACUACCUCGACCUGUACGAGCGGUACGGCUUCUGGGACGAGUCCGCCGUCGUGCACACCGCCGAGGUUGUCGUGCCGCCGGCGGAGCUCGAGGCGCUGCUGCGCGAGGCGGAGGCGGCGGACGAGGGCGGGGCCGAGGGGGCGCCGCCGCCGUCCGCUAUCCGCCGCGAGCUGGUCGCCGCGCAGGCGGAGGCGGGGAGCGACCCGACGCUGCAGGCGUGGUGGCUGCCGGACCACCUCGCCGAGGCUGCGCCGCUCCUCGCGGCGCUGCGCGCGACCGUCCUCACCCCGUCCGAGUCUGCCCAGUACGCGCGCGAUCUCGCCGCGGGCGAGGCGGGCCGCGAGGCGGCGGCUCGGCGGCUGAGGAGCGCCGCCGUGCAGAACGAGGACGCCGCCAGGGCGCGGAUGGCGCGGCUGGUGCGAGCCCACCUCGCUGGCUUCGAGAACGGCGCAGCGGGAGGCGCCAGACCGCACGAUGCGGCAGGCUCGUUCGAGCCCGAGGCCGCCGUCGCGGCCGCGCGGCGGCUGGUGGGAUUCGAGCGAGCGCUCCUCGAGGAGGCCCUGGUUGCGCUGGGCUGCUAG